AUGCAUUCUACGCUCGUCCGCGCGCAGAAUGUCUUCGGAUACUUCACCACCGUAGCCGCCUUUGUCGCUGCCGUCAUUGCGCUCUCAUCCUUCGUCGCCCCGCAGACUCCCUCGGGCACCCUCGAGCUACAGAACGUUCAGGUUGUCCGCGGCCGUCCGCAUUACUAUAGCCCCAAGAGGGAGGAGUACGCGCACAUCAGAUUCGACCUCGAUGCGGAUCUGACGUCGCUCUUCAACUGGAACACCAAGCAAGUGUUUGCCUACAUUACCGCCACCUACCCGUCUACCGAUCCUUCCGAGCCUCCUUCGCAAGCCAUCAUUUGGGAUUCUAUUCUCGCCUCGCCCUCUGCACCAUGGCAUGAAAACCACUACAUUCACCCGGACCCCAAGGCCAAGCGCGCGAAGUCGAAGGCCGUGUCUGCCUACCCGCCUGGCGAGUUCCAUCUCCAGAAGCAGCGGCCCAAGUACCAGAUCACCGACAUAAGUGGACAGCUGGCCAAUAGGACCGACGUACAGCUCGAGCUUGGGUGGAACAUCCAGCCUUGGGUCGGCCUCCUGACAUGGGCCGACUGGCCACCGGUUGCCAAGUACGGCGGUGCAUGGAAGGAAAUCGUAGGUGGCAAGAGCAAGAAAUUCCAGUUCCCCGCUCUGAAGGCUAAGAAGGAGGCCGACACUGCCACCGAGAAGGGGAAGGAGAAGAACAAGGAGGGCGUGUACUGGUAG